AUGAGGAAAUAUGUCCUAUUAAUUAGAACAUGCAUUUUAUUUUUGUAUAGCAAUCGAAAUGUACAUUGUAAUUAUUUGAUGUCUUGCAUUUAGUUUCUGUUUUGUAUUUUAUUAGCUUACAGUGGUGUACCUCAUAUCUUGUGAAUGUGAAUGCAACGCAAUUUUUUUUUUACUUCACAGAGCCUAAAUAGUUGAAUGUUGAACGUGUGAAGUGGUUAAAUGUAUGUAUUGAUGCAAAAAAUAAAUCGCCAUUUAAGUAAAAUAUACCAAGAGGCAAAACUGCGAGAGGGGCUGGGCUGACACCUGCCCGCCUCCCUCGCAUCCACGCACGGCUGAAAGCUCUUCCACCGAGCGGCCACGACGAGACGCUGGCCUCCAAAAGGCGGACGUGGAUGGUCCAUUUUCGGCGGUGAGAGCUCAUCUUUUGUCCCCCCCUUAAUCCUGGAGGAAUCGCCGGAUCGAUGCCGAAAAUGGACCAGCGCGUCCAACCACCGUUCCACACGACGAACGUGUUCUUCUUCAAAUGAUGCUAAACUCACCAGCAAACAAAUGCUAGGACGACCAACAUCCAGUGGACAGAGUGCGCCAUAGUGAGAUUUCAAUAACUCCUUCACACACACACAUAGACACACGAGCCAUGGCUGUGGAGAACUCAGUCCUGCCUCCGCGCCCGGACUCGCUCUCGCUUCCCGUGGACCGCAAGCCAGAAGGGGAUCAGGAGGCGGUAGCCGAGGCCCCGGUGCCACCUUCCGACAGCUGUGGGGUCUUCAACGUGUCCGAGGAGCUGGGCCACGUCGUCACCACGGAGGCGGCUAAGGUGAAGCGGUCGUUCCAGUCCAAGAUGGCCGAGCGAGAGGCCACGGCCAAUCAGACCAGGAAAAAAAUCCAGGGGCCUGAGAAGGAGAGAGGGCGAUUUGGGUGGGCUCGCGCACGCCGCAAGAGGCAGCGCUACGUGGAAAAGAACGGCCGCUGCAACGUGCAGCACGGCAACAUGCGGGAGACGUACCGCUACCUGACCGACAUCUUCACAACGCUGGUGGACCUCAACUGGCGCUGCUCGCUCUUCGUCUUCGUCAUGGCCUACGCCGUCACGUGGCUCUUUUUUGGCGCCAUCUGGUACCUCAUCGCCUACUGCAGGGGCGAUCUGGACCACCUGGAGGACGAGACGUGGACACCGUGCGUCAACAACGUCAACGGCUUCAUCUCGGCCUUCCUCUUCUCCAUCGAGACGGAGACCACCAUCGGCUACGGCCACCGCGUCAUCACCGACCAGUGUCCCGUGGGGACCAUGCUGCUGCUGCUGCAGGCCAUCCUGGGUUCCAUGGUCAACGCCUUCAUGGUGGGCUGCAUGUUCGUGAAAAUCUCGCAGCCGAACAAGCGAGCCGAGACGCUGGUGUUCUCCAAGCACGCCGUCAUCUCGCUGCGGGACGACAAGCUGUGCCUGAUGUUCCGGGUGGGCGACCUGCGCAGCUCGCACAUCGUGGGUGCCAACAUGCGGGCCAAGCUCAUUAAGUCCAAGCAGACACAGGAGGGUGAGUUCAUCCCCCUGGACCAGACGGACAUAAGCGUGGGCUUCGAGACAGGCGACGAUCGCCUCUUCCUGGUGUCGCCGCUGGUGAUCUCGCACGAGAUCGACGCCCGCUCGCCCUUCUGGGACAUGUCGCAGGCGCAGUUGGAGAAGGAGGACUUUGAGAUCGUGGUCAUCCUGGAGGGAAUGGUGGAGGCCACGGGGAUGACCUGCCAGGCGCGCAGCUCCUACCUGGCCGAGGAGGUGCAGUGGGGGCACCGCUUCAGUCCCAUGAUGUCGCUGGCCGAGGGUUUCUUCGACGUCGACUACGGCGCUUUCCAUCACACAUUUGAGGUGGACACACCCUCUUGUUCGGCACGAGAGCUCUCACUGGCCGCCGCCAGGCUGGACGCCCACCUCUACUGGUCCAUCUCCAGCCGGCUCGACGAGGAGCCCACCCUGGUCCAGCAAGAGGCCAAGGAGGCGGAGGCACCACCACCACCGCCGCCGCCGCCGCCCGAGGACGCCCCUCCCAACGGCAAAGGGGAGGCCCCCACCUUCAUCGUCGGCGAGAUGACCGAAGUCAGCGCUCCGUCCUCCGGGGCAGGCGAGCCGAACGGCAGCAUCCAGUCGGCGUGUGAGGGCUAGAGGACGGACAGAAUGUUUAUAAAGACCUUCUGCCAUUUUGUUUAUAUCUCCUCAAGAAGACAUUUUCCUCUUUAACUCUUUCUAGGUAGUCUACGUGGACUUGUCUCCUUUUAACCACCCUGGCCUUUAUCACCAUUUGUGUGAUAGUGUAAGAUUCGCCUCAUUUGUUCACAUUUAAAUAUCAUAUAAAGACUUUAGGAUGUAUUUGAACAUUAUAAGAAGACUGACGCACUACCAACAGGCCUAAAUAUUAACAUUAGCACCUUUGUUAGUGCUAACACAGCAUGAGCUAGUCCGCCAUUAUUAAAGACCACUUAAGUGGGUGAUAUAGAGUAGCAAGUAGCACGUUAUUAGCACUGGUGCAAGUUUCCCUCACGUGAAUAUAAAUUUGGGGCGAUUACAGAGGUGCUGUGAGAUGCGAGUGACACAAAUUAAGAGUGUUUUCCAGAUACGAGCCGUCAUUGUGAUGAUUUUGUUUUUGUGUGUGCGUGCGCUUUGAGCCGUGAGCUACAAUUUAAGAUAUGAGCUAAACUGAUGGUGGCAAAUAGUGAACAAUUUUUCCCCCAAAAAAAGAAAGGCUCCGAGUUGUAGGGCCACUGUCACUUGAAAUUUACUGUCGACCUACCGUAAUUCCCGGCCUACAGAGCGCACCUGGUUAUAAGCCUCACCCAGUACAUUAGUAAAGGAAAUACCAUUUGGUACAUAUAUACGCUGCAACUGUGUAAAAGCCGCAAGCGUCCACAUUAAAAUAAGAUAUUUACAAAGACGUACACGGAGAGUAUAACGCUAGCGCCGCUCUGCUAAUGCUAGCGCCGUGCUAACGCUAGCGCCGCACUAACAGGGCUGAUUAAAAAAACAUACCGGUAAAAAUUACUGAGACACCGCAGUAACACGCUAGCGCAGCGCAACAGGGCCGGACCGGUAAGUCACUUCCUCGGCACAUAUAUUCCAC